AUGGUCCCCGAGGUGCUGCUCGCCCUGUUGGGGGUGCCCGGAGAGGUCAUCACGCUCGUGCCGGCGACGAGCGACGGCGGCCAGGAGAGAUUCCGCGUCUCCCCAGACCUGCCCUUCCUCGAGCCCCCCGAGCGCGCGAGCCUCGAUCGGCUCGUUUCCCUGGGCUACGCCUUUCGCUGCCUGGAGCGGUUCGUCGCGCGCGAGGACGAGGCCGGGACGACGAUGGCGACGUUACCGAGCGGACCCGACGCGUCGUUCGCGUUCAACGCGCCCGCGUCGGGGGGCAGCCUCUACCGCAGGGCGCUCGCCGCGGGAGUCUCCGAGGUGCUCGCCACGUACGAGUCCGCCAUCCUACGCCUGGAGCAGGACAUCCUGCGCGGGGUCACCCCCGCGCUCCCCGCCGCGCUCGAGUCCGCGCUCUCCGGCUUCGCGCUCGUCCUCCCCGCGCUUCACGUCACCUUACGACCCGUCAUCGAGCGCCCCGACCUCAAGGGAGCUCCUCUGCUCCAUCACCUGCACGCCGCGGCGCUCGCCGCGGGCGCGCCCCAGCUCGAAGCCGCGCUCCGAUCGCUACGCGCCAGGUGCUACCGCGCCAUGUACCAGCAGCUCCUGGCGUGGACCGUGCACGGCGUGCUGGUCGACCCGCACGGGGAGUUCUGGGUCAGGCCCGUGGAGGGCGCCGGCGGCGACGGGGGGGUCUACCUCGGCGACUUUGACGAGAGCGGCGCGGCCAAGGCGACGGGCGCACUCGGCGGCAACGCCCCGGGCGACGACGGCGGCGAGCGCGAGUGGCACAGGGGCUUCCAGGUAUCGCUCGAGGCUUUGCCGCCGGGAGUGGAGCUGCCGGCGGCGGAGGCUGUGCUCUUCGCGGGUCGCGCGGUGCGCGUGCUGACGCGGCCGAGGGGCGAGUUCGCGGGCGGGUCGCUGCUGCCGGACGCGGUGGCGUCGAGGGCGACGGAGGCGCUGCGUGGGCUCGCGCGGGUGGAGGGUGAGGGGAACGACGGGGAGUUUGACAGGCUGGCGUUUGAGUCGACGGUUGAGGGGAUUCGCGCCCCAGUCGCGGCGAGGCUCGGCGAGCUGGUGGUUCGCGACGCGAAACUGGCGAAGCACCUCGAGGCGCUUCGAUCGUACCAUCUCCUCGGUCGCGGGGACUUUUUCCAGUCCUUCUUCGAGGAGGCGGCGUCCCUCCUCGCCGUGCCGCCCAGGGCGAACACCGCAGAGGCUGACGUCGCGGCUCCCUUUGCCGCCGCCGCGUCCAAGUCGUCGGCGUCUGACGACCCGCUCCUGCCCAGGUUUCGGCUCCGGUUCGUCUCACCCAACCAGGGCGUCGACGACACGGGGGCCGGCGCCGGUGGGUCCAACGUCCAAAAGCGCGGGCCCAACGUCAGGGUCCCCUCGUACGACGGCUGGGACGGACUGGAGCUCGAGUACGCCACGCCGUGGCCCCUCGGGUUGCUGCUCACGAGGAGCGUUCAGCGGCGGUACAAUCACCUGUUCCAGUACCUGUUCCGGCUCAGACGCGCGGCGUUGGCGCUGGACGACGCGUGGUUCGCGUUGAGGCGAAAGUCCGCGAGCGGCACACUUAGGUGGACCACCACCCCGGGCUCGUUCACGAGCGGGCACGGCGUGAAGGGUUUCGGCGGCGACGGCGCGUUCCAGCUGUGCCAGCGCGUCAGGCACGACAUGGCGUUCGUGGUGAACAACUGGUUCACGUACCUGCAGGUUGACGUGGUGGAGGCGCAGUACCGCGCGAUGAUCGAGAGGGUGGAGGCGAGCGAAGGGGAUUUCUCGGAGUGCCAACGGGCGCACAGGGCGUUCCUCGCCGCACUCACCGCGCAGUCGUUCCUGGAUCUGCCGUCCGUUUCCGACGUCAUCGAGACGAUCAUGCGACUGGCGGGGAACCUUCUCGCCGUCGUGAAGAGCCUGCCGAGCGACGGGUUAGGGGAGGGCGUCGGCGAGGAGACGGCGGACGAGAUCGAGGCCAUCGGGGCGGAGUUCUCGAGGCAGAGCGCGGCGCUGUACACCGUGCUCAGGUCGAACAGGCUGGCAAACGAUCCCAAGGCGCCGUUUCUGCGAACGCUGCUGCUGCGGCUCAACUUCAACGGGUACUUCUUCGACAACGCGGCGAAAACUUCGUCGGGACACGACGCGGGAGGGAGCGACGCGCCGUCGGUGCGGUCGUCGGCGUCGUCGAUGAAGUCCUUCAGGAGUGGCUGGGGCGAGGCGAUACCGCCGAUGCCGUCGCUGUCGCUGAAGCGCGGAAUUUAG